AUGUCGGCCAUCGUCUAUCCUUAUACCGUCUCUAAUAGUUACAAAGGCGGUUUUUUCAUGCGACAAUACACAAGAAAUGUCCGACGCGCGUGGGAUGGCGAGGGCUACCGGCCUCCCAAGCGCCUGCGCACCGACGACGACUACCAUCAGGUUCAUAAAUCGCAGCUGCCUGCCGCCAACCAAGAAAAUGUAAUCGAUAUCGAGGACAACCUCGAACGCGCCAUCCGCGAAACAAGCGUCGCAGGACUUUCAUCAUCACCGUCGCGCAAGAACAGCACCGUCUUCUCCGGAGAAUCACAUCGCGAUGACGCGUCAAGCACCAUAACACCACCUUCGUCGCCUCCACCGGUGUCUGCCUUGCAGCUGACGCCACCGAAAUCAAAGGUGCACAAACCGACCUUCUCAUUCCUUGACAAGUCCAAGAAAGAGAAAGCCCAACCAAAUCCUCUGAAGCGCAAACAUGACGCGUCAACAUCGCGACGAGAGCAGACCGAGCCACUCUCCGAAAUCCAAAACAGCUCAGCACGUGCCUCCUCCGCCGUGCCUCUGAGCAUCAACACCACCAGCACGACGCGACCAGCAGCUCAACCGACCUUCCCAGGCCUCGUCAAGCCACCCACACCAGUCCUUACACAAUCGCGCCUCGACUUCGGGCAAAAUCUUGCUCCCGUCACCUGCCCUCAACCCGACUGCGCCAUGACGUACAGCCCAUCCUCCGAGUCCGACAAGACCCUCCACGACAUGUACCACAAUCGCCACUCCCAAGGCAUCGACCUGGGCAGACCCUUCCUCAAAUCCGCCAUGAAAUGGUGCUACGAAGUCCCAUCCAUCCCGGGUUCCGUUGUCGUCGUCGACCGCAAGAUCUCCCUUCCCUCGCGCAAAACCGUUCAUAAGGUGCUCGAAGUCGUCAACCGCGAGCUGGGCAGCAUCGACAUCCCCGAAGACGAGCUAUGGUCACAGCGGCCCGUGCCCGGCGACGCCGACGAAACUCGUAAAUGCGACCGCUACAAGGUAUUCCUGCACGUCAUCGACGGAAAAUGCGUUGCGCUUGCCCUAGCCGAGCGCAUCUCCAAACUCUACCGCGUCCAGAAGAAGCGAGACGGUCUGGAUGCUGAUUACACGCGCAUGGACUUGGACACAAAACCACUGAACACCACACCCGGUCAAAAGAACACACAGCAAUACCCAACGCCAAGCCCCAUCGAAGACCACGCGCUGACCCUCUCGCGAGAACUUUUCCCCGCUGUGGUCGGCGUGUCGCGUAUCUGGACGAGCAAGGCUUUCCGAAGGAAGGGCAUAGCCAAUAACUUGCUGGAUUGUGUCGUCAACCAAUUCAUUUACGGAAUGGAGAUUAAGCGCGAGCAGGUGGCGUUCAGCCAGCCGACGGAGAUGGGGAGGGGUUUGGCGGCGGCAUGGUUUGAGGACGAGGAGCAUAGGGGUGAGGGUGGUUGGGGUGUUUAUAUCGAGGACUAG